UAGAAUUACUUUUGCAAAUGUUUUUCGUUGAAUCGAAAAUUUAUCAAAAACAAGACGUAGUUAUUAAUUUUCACCUAAUACAACAAUAAUUAUUCAUUAUUAUUCGAUAAUGUGAGAUUUAAUGAGGAUAAAAUAUCCGCAUACCUAAUUUCUACAUCAAAUUAAAAAUACACACAAUCAAAAAAUAAAUAAAUAAUCAAAUUAAAGAAAAGAAGACGCAAUAAUAAAAUAACAAAAAGUAGCAAACUAAUACUAUAAUAAAAUAAUAUUAUAAUUAAACUACACGAAAUAACUUAUAUAUCCUUUGCACAAAAUCAAACUACGUAAUAAUAACAAUAACUAACUAUUCAAUAAAAUAUCAUAAACUGAGUAAUUUAAAAAACGAAAAAAGGGAAAAGAAGUGAAAGGAAAAGACCAAUAAAGAUUAUCGUAGAGUGAUUAAUACUCUUUUGUUUUUAAUCAAAAUCUUGAAUUUGAGUUCUCUAAAUACAAAUUCGCUUUUGUUAGAAAGUGAAGGAAAAAAAAUAAUCAAAAGAAGUUUGCAACAAAAACCGAUAUGAGACUUCACUGUGGUUACCAAACAACGGUUGAAAAAUAAAAAAAAAUAUAUCAAUAAAAAGCCAAAUAGUAACGAAUCUAAAUUUAAUUUAAUUUAAUUUUAAUAUGGAUACGAAUAAAAAAUAAGAAAAUAAAAAGAUAAUACUCCUUUGUCCCAAUUUACAUCAAACUCAAAUAAACCUAUAAAAUUUUUUGAUAAAUUUAUUUGAAUGUCGAAAUUUCGAAAAAGAAAUAUGUUUGGAGCCCAAAGAAAAGACGGCUUUCCAUAGGAACAAGUGCUCCGUUUCGCCAUUAAAGCAUUUUUUUUCCUUCGCUUCUUCUUCAGACAACACAGAGAAAACUUAGUGUGGGUAUUUUCUCGUUUCUCGUAUUUGCUGGUGAAAAGUAUCCCGUGGAAUUAUUCGAGCUGUACAAAACCGGGCCUGGAUUCCAUGCAGCUGGAGUUUUCAGAAAAAUACUUUCAUUUCAUGUAGAUGGUGAAAUUUAUGAAGUUUUUUACUGCAUCUCUAUGUUUAUGAAAGAGUGGAAUUGGGGUGAAAUAGCAGUGAAUUUUUGUUGUGAGCUGUUCGUUUGUUGGAGCUGAAUUCUAUUUUAAUGGGUCGACCAGGAUUGAGGAAUUAUGACAAUCAUUAUGAAGCAAGACGUGGAAACAGAAAGAGAGCAAAAUAUUCCGGUGAAGUAAAGUUAAGUGACAAUCGCAGGCAAAAGAUUUCAAGAUUAGAGAAUGUUGAUGCGGAUUAUGUUGAGUUUGUGAAGCUACUCUACAACUAUGAUAUAAAUUCUCAGUCAUACACAAAUGAACAUGGAAAUGAUGUCAGCUAUGAUGAGGUUGAGGAUGAGGAUGAUACUGACCCGCAGUACAAGAUAUUUUUGGCUAAUGCCAAGCGUGAUGGGAGGUCAUAUAUCCUUAACCUCAAUAGAAAGGAUGAGUUUCCUGUGUCCAUUAAGUAUGAAAAAGAGAGUGCGUGUAAUAAUGGGUGCACAUGUUUCUGUUGUCAAAAACAGAAAGAUAUGGAGACUCAAAAGGAUGCUAUGGAUGAGGCAAUCUCACUCAAUAUAUGUAGCAAAGAUGAGCUAAAAAAUCGGAGAUUUCCAAGGACUGAUCCCAGGUAUGAUAGCAAUAGAUCCAUGGGAGGCAUGGAUGUGAUAUUUGAGCCUUCCGAUCCUACUUCUCAGAGAAACAAUGAGAAUAUGAGCCGGAAGCUUAGCACGGGGCAAUGUGGUGCAUCCAAGAGGCAGGGGAAGUGUGAGACUAAGAUAAAGUCGUGUAAGGAGAAGAUGGUGGAAAAAGGGAGUAAACUAGUACAUGUCAGAGACAAAGAAAAAGCAUCUGAUGUAGGUGAAGAUUAUGCGUUACUUCUGGAGAAUCUUCAAUGUGAAAAAUGGGGCAUGAAAGCCUCGUUAAGCGGCUGCAAUAUCAAGUAUGAAGCUUCUGAUGAUGACCUUGAAAUCCUUUACGACAGUAAUGAUAUGCUCAAGAAGAAACGUGAGCCGUCUGAGUUCAGGAAGAAAGUCACAGAUCUUCUGAAGAAGCCUUACAAUCCAAAGGAGUACAAAGAACUAUGGACAUAUGUCAAUGAUCAAAAACCAGUGGAAAGGAAUAUGGAAUCGCGUAGAGGGGGAGUGAAGUCCUACAAGACAAAGAAAAUGGGAAAAUCAUAUCUGGAGUACUAUACAGACCUUAAGGAAAGACUUGAAGUAGUUGGUAAUAACGAGAGGAAGAAGUUGAAGAUCAUGCGUGGCUUUUCGUUUUGGUUACAGAAUCUCACUAACGCAGGAGCCUUCAAACCAUGGAACGAUACUGAGUUUCUUGCACUGGUAGCUGGAUCUAGUUAAGAAGUGAUGCACUUCCAGUCCAACUUUAACUGAUUAAUCACACUCAAAGACGAUCACCGGAACAUGUAUAUGAUGAAUAUUGUGGUGAAGACUGAAAUCAUGGACUCCAUUUUAUAAAAAGUCAGUAUAUCAUACAGGAAAGCAAAUGUAGACGCAGAUCAUCUUGUGAAUUUUCUGCAUAUCCGCGGAACUUUUUGUUUCUUAUUUUCGUGAUCUUCCAAGUUCUCCCUCCUGUCCUUAUUUUUUGAAGGCCCUGGGAAUUUUGUACAUUCUCAAACAAGGAUGUAAAUGGAGUUGAUUCAGUGUAUGCAAAAGUGUGCAUAUUAGUCUUUUUUUGGA